UUUCCCUGCAACCACUACUCUUCCUCUUCGUGCUCACAGAGGGUGUGGGUUUGGGAUUUUCUGCUGGAGUAGCUGGGUGAGUAACUGUAGCAAGUUUUGUAAGUGGUAGCCUAGAAUAACGUGUGAGGAACACUUGCUACGAAGUCCUGAGGCUGGGACGAUUGGCCUCGACAACCUCAACCGUCUUCCUUUGUGGGAGAUGGGAGUGCUUUUGUCUUGAUAUUUAUUGACUACAGAGUUCAGAUGCUGCCUGACCUGCUGAGCACAUCCAUCCUUCUCCAGUUCCACGCUUUUAACGUCAGGAGCAGUUACCCUCACCUCCCUGAAGAAGUCUGGAGCCGAGUGAUCUGGUGAAACCCAGACGGGGGCAUUGUUUUAUUCUCCCCCAGAGCUGCCGGGCAGUAGGAGAGGUCUCACCGACCGUUCUCUCUUCCAGACCCUGAGAGCGGGAAAUUGAGGGAAUAUCUGGGAUCAGGCAAUGAUCGGGAAAUCGUACUUCCUCCUGGCACUUCUCCAAGGUGUUCACUGCGGGCCGUGGGAGGUGCGGGCUCCGAAGAUAGUCACGGCCUCGGAAGGUUCCUGCGUACGGAUCCCCUGCACAUUCGAUCACCCCGCGUGGUCACCGCUCAGUCAAGUGAAGUGGCUGAAAAAUGACAAGACACGUGGGAGUCUUGUCAUCGAUUCCAAAGGGUUAUCCGACCCUCCCUUCCUCCGCCGGACCCAACUCCACCCCCGGUGGGAAGUCGAGAAGGACUGCACGCUGACAGUAGAUGGUCUGACCCACGGGGACGUGGGUCGGUACUACUUCCAAAUGAAGACCAAAAACGGAGAGGAGUAUUCCGGGCCGGAUGGAGUCCUGGUCAUUAUAUCUGAUGUGUCCAACUUGCCAAGAAUUUCCUCAGCUGAGGAGAUGGUCGAGGGAAGGGAGGUGGAGUUAACUUGCUCUGUGAAGUACGCCUGCCCUGGGCACCUGCAAUGGACCGGUUCCGACGGAUUAGACCGACCGACUACAUCAGAAACUCCGGGCACCGUCCAGAACAGAGGGAGAAGCAGUCGCACACUGAGAUUUUUCGCUUCCCACCAGGACCACGGGAGGACACUGCGUUGUGUGCAGACGUCCUCACAAGGAAAGACUCUGGUCCAAAGCAUCACCUUAAACGUGAAGUAUGCCCCCCGGUUUGUUCACCUCACCCUCUCUCCCUUCAAGCCGAUCAAUCGAGGUGAUUCUGUGACAUUGAGGUGUGGGGUCGGGGACAGUAACCCUCCAGUAACAAGGUACAGGUGGCAUCAGUCAGGGCUUGGAACAACCCCGAUCAGGGAGACAUCGAUGGCAACACACCGGGUCAACAACGUUUAUGGAUACCGGGAGCACUGGUGUGAAGCCACCAAUUCAGUCGGAACGGCCACCUCGGAGAAAACGAAGCUGCCAGUUUACAACAGUUACAGCUGGGCAGUGUGGACCCCCCUCUCACUCCACGCCCGGGAAGGUUCCUGUGUGAUCAUCCCCUGCCGGUUCCGCAUUCCUGGAUCUGGGAGGAGAGACUCAACAGCCACCGGGAUCUGGUUACAAAAUGGAGCCUAUAAUGGGAUUCAAGUGUAUCACACUUCUUGGAUCAGCCAUUAUUAUACAGGACGAGUCGAGUUCCUGGGAAACAUGAAGAGUAGAAACUGCUCGUUGAAGAUCCGGGAUUUAAAAGCGUCCAACAGUGGGAAAUAUUAUUUCCGGAUUGAAGCAUCGGCUGGUCAAUGGUCGGAUCCAAUCGGCUUCAGACUCCUGGUAUCUGGGGAUCUGCAGAAACCAGUGAUCACAGUGCCUGAGAGUGUGGUGGACGGGGAAAGUGUGUCUCUGACCUGCUCUGUGUACAGUUACUGCCCUGAGGUCACUCCUGUGUUUGAGUGGCACCUCCCUCAUUUCUCCCGUCCUCAGGAGACACGGACAGUUUUCAAGGAUGACCGGUGGAUUUAUUCCAGCACUGUGGUGUAUGUACCAACGUUCGGGACUACCCAGCCGGCAGUGAAAUGCACGGCCAACUUUGGACAAGGGACACCUUCAGCAGAAACAGAGAUCUCACUGGACGUGAAGUAUGCCCCACAGUAUCUCUCAAUCACCUCUCUCAACAAUGUGGACAAUUCCUCCGUCAGUGUAAAGGAAGGGAAUUCUGCAGCGAUCCUCUGCUCCGUCCAGAGUUUCCCGGCGUCCAACCUGAUGUGGAGGCAUCUCGGUGUCACACUGAACACAAGUUCCACCAACGAGCUGUGGUUGGAGGUUCCUCAGGUGACGUCCCAGCUCGCCGGAGUCUAUCAGUGUGUGGCGGAGAAUGAACACGGGAGAGUGGAGAGGAACAUAACCAUCAGUGUGGAACAUAAGCCGAAGAUUUCUCCCGAAUCUAGAUGCACUCAGAUGCCCGAGGGCAUCACCUGCGUCUGUAAGGCCAGAUCCAACCCACCCGCAGAGCUCACCUGGCACCUGCCCCUCGCCAACCUCAGCGGGAACCAAACGCACGGCCGUUUCCAGGCGUGGCAGGUGGCGGACGGGCAACUGGUGACUGGCUCACUGACCCUGAGAGGGGGCGAGGGAGAGGAGGAAGCGACGGUCUGGUGUACAGCCCGAAACCGGCACGGGGAGGUCUCGUUCAAGGUGUAUCUGUGGGUGAAAGUUAGAGGCUGCACUGAUUGGAGAACGUGGUUGCUGACAGCAGGGAUCAUUUUCAGCGUCGUACUGGCUGGAUUCUUCAUCUACAAGUACAUCCAACAGAGGGAAGUCGUGACUGGGAAGAGGGCCUCAGAGAUCCAGGGCACCACAGUCAGCUACAGUGCACGCUCAGCGACACAUCAGGAUGGGGGCAGAAGGAUGGAGACUCCGGCAGGAGUGGAUGUUGGACAGAGACAACCCACCAACCUCGAGAGCCCCCUUUACUCGAGCAUACAAAAGGUGUUCACCAGAGACGGGGACGAGGCCACAGAGUACGCGGAGAUCAGAUUUAAGUGAAAUAGGAGGGAAUGAGCAAUAGGUGGCAGAUAGUUCAAUGCAGAGAAACGUUCAUUUUCAAAUUGUGAGGUGGCUGGAUCAGCGACAUUGUGUGAACCAGCCAUCUUCUGCUGUCAUGCACACGUCCUCACAGAGAACACGCAGGAACGAGGAAUCCUUUGGCCCUUGAGCAGGAUGUUCUGGGCUCUGCCGUAGUUUUGUGGCACACCUACAUCUCUGAGUGAGACCCUGGGAUGGUAGCGGGGAGGG